UGCUGGAGGAGGCGGGGCCGUGCAGGGCUGCGGAAAGCAGGGGCGCCCAGCCGGGUUUCCGGCUGAGCUGGGGUCCUGUCAUCUGGACUGGGGAGGAAAUCUGAGCUGGCGACCUGUAGACGGGACCGGCUGGGUGGUUGAGGGCCCGUUGUCACCCACCCGGGUGGCCCACCACCAACGUUCCCGGACGUUCGGAUGCAGUGCAGCCCGCGCCUGCCCCUUCUCCAUUAACCCCCUAAGGACCUGACAUCCCUGGGGAGCCUUAGGCAUCAGUGCUGAAGGACCCAGGCAGCCACGUGCUGCGCCGCCACUGCGCAGGAUGUGCAAGGAUGGCGUUGCGGGUCUAUGGUGAGGGUGUCUACCGCACCCGAGGAAACGCGGGAGACGAUCGUUGAGUGCCUUGCAAAAGAGACACUUAAAGUGUCGAGAGCCUAUUCCUACCAAGUUCUGAAGUCAGAAGGAAUGUUUUUGUGAAAAAUUAAUAGCACAAUGAGGUGUUGCCAUAUCUGCAAACUUCCGGGAAGAGUCAUGGGGAUCCGAGUGCUUCGAUUCUCCUUGGUGGUCAUCCUGGUAUUGCUACUCGUAGCUGGGGCUUUGACCAACUUACUUCCCAAUAUCAAAGAAGACAAGAUGCUUACUUUGCGCAGGGAAAUAAAAUCCCAGAGCAAGCCCACCCUGGAUUCUUUCACUCUCAUCAUGCAGACAUACAACAGAACAGAUCUUUUGUUAAGACUCCUAAAUCAUUAUCAGGCAGUGCCACAUCUACACAAAGUAAUCGUAGUAUGGAACAAUGUCGGAGAGAAGGGACCAGAGGAGUUAUGGAAUUCUCUAGGGCCUCACCCUGUCCCUGUGAUCUUCAAGCCACAGACAGCUAACAAAAUGAGAAAUAGACUCCAGGUCUUCCCUGAACUGGAAACCAGUGCGGUUUUAAUGGUAGACGAUGAUACUCUCAUUAGUGCCCAGGACCUUGUUUUUGCUUUCUCGAUUUGGCAGCAAUUUCCUGAUCAAAUCAUAGGAUUUGUUCCUAGAAAGCAUGUCGCCACUUCAUCAAGUGUCUACAGUUAUGGGGGUUUUGAACUACAGACACCUGGGUUUGGAAACGGCGACCAGUACUCCAUGGUGCUGAUUGGAGCCUCGUUCUUCAAUAGCAAGUACCUUGAACUCUUUCAGAGACAACCCACAGCCGUCCAUGCUCUGAUAGAUGAGACCCAAAACUGUGAUGAUAUUGCUAUGAAUUUUAUCAUCACCAAGCACACUGGGAAAGCAUCAGGAAUAUUUGUAAAACCUAUAAACAUGGUCAAUUUGGAGAAAGAAACCAAUGGCUAUUCUGGAAUGUGGCAUCGGGCUGAGCAUUUCCUACAGAGAUCUUACUGUAUAAAUAAGCUUGUUAAUAUCUAUGAUGGCAUGCCCUUAAAAUACUCCAACAUUAUGAUUUCACAAUUUGGAUUUCCAUAUGCCAAUCACAAAAGUAAAAUGUGAAUGGAAAAUAAACAAAAACAAAUCUGAACGCCUGCUCUGUGUUUGAGUGGCUUCUCCAUGCUGUGUAUUUUUGUUUUUUAAGCAACACCGUGAACUUUUAUCUAGUCCAGAAGUCCCUACAAUAGAAAACUAUUAUGUACUACUUCUAGUAUAUAAAACUCAUGAACUUUGAAGAACCAAGAAGCUGGUCUGUCCCCAUAGGCCUUGUGAAAACCUUCUGUCCCAGGUUAUGACUCUGAUCAGUGAUUUUCUUGUUUACAUGUUGAGACUGUUCUACAAUUUAUUUGAUCCCUGGCAUUUGCCUUAAGGACCUACAGGAAGCUGCUUCCAGGACCAGAAACUCUUUUAAGAGACCUUUCCUAGCUUUUUCACUGAAGGUUGUUUGAAUUUGAAGCCUGAAAUGCUACUUCAGCAUAAGCCUGAGGUACAGGGAAAAGCCAUGUGAGGAGAGGGUAGCCUGAGCCCCAGGUGGCGCACAAGGAAAGCUCCUGGUUGCCGGUGCUUCCUUCACUGUCCUUCCAGCCAGAGUUCUUCUGACCAGCAUGGUUUGGAUGAUGCCGUCAGUGCUGGUAUUUUUGUUGUUUAAGCUUGUUGUGACUGGGAGGGUAAGUUUUCGUAGCUGACCGAUGUCUAGCUGUUUGCUUGAUGUUUUUGUGAGCCUUCACUGCAUGGAUCUCUACAAAAUGCAGCUCGUGUUUCUUAUAUGCAACCUACAUGCAGCAAGGGUAAAUGUUACUGCUCUUUGUCGCUGUGUCUGUCCUUGAGAAUGUACAUGAAUUCGUAUAUUUUAUAGAAUGUGUUUAAUAAAUAUGGAUAAAAUAACUUCCAAAAGAAUGACUGGUUAAGUAGAAGCUAGCAGAAGUUAAAAACCUUAGGAUCAAAAGCUCUUUAUUAUUGAAGUAUAGGUUAUUUUGUGGAUACUAAAUAACUGUGUGCAUUACACAGAAAUGCUUGCAUCCAGAAUCAAGACCUUUUUUUUUCACAAAGACCCAAGGCACUAUCAAUUGUGAUGAAAUUUCAGUUACAUAAUUGCAGGAAAAAAGAAAAGAAGUGAACCACAGUGAGGAAUUCUAUGGUGAGUCCACUGGGUGUUAGCUGCUGUGGUUGACACUUCCUAUUAUGGGAAUCAGUGUCACCCCUACCCAGUGUCCUUUCGGUGAGUCCUUGACCAUCACAACUGACAAGGAAUUCUUAAUUGGGCCUCUGUCUACUGUCUAUCACUUGUAUUCUCUUUAUAUAAUUCCUGGAUGUUCUCAAAAUUGCAGAAGUGUGAGAUAGUAAAAUAAUCAUGGUUAAAAUUGCAAUCAUGAGGUCUUUGUGCAGUUAGUUCAGUUUAUGUUGUUCUUCCACGAUGGCCUGUCUGUGUAUGUCUUAAUGCAAUCAUUUUUU